AUGCGCACACCGGCAGGCGUUGUUAGCGGACUGCAACAGCAAAGCUUUUAUUUGACCGAAGCCUAUCCAGCUGAGGAACACGACCAACGUUCACCACUGUCAUGGAGGCAGCCCUGGGCCAUUUCCGGCAUUUUUGUCAUCAAUAUUGGACUGAACUGGCUGGUCAGCUUCAGGGGCUACUGGAAAAAUGUGUGGAAUGUCUUUGACUUCAUUGUCAUCUUUGUGUCUUCCAUCCCCGAGAUCCCGUACCUGUUCCACACGGCGGAGGAGUCCAUCUUCAGGAGGGUUCACCACGUCUUCCAUGUCCUGCACUCCCUAAAGCUCUUCUGCAAGUUCCAGCAGAUCCAGAUGAUCCUCAUGUCCAUAGCAAGGGCCCUGAAGGCCAUGACCUACAUCCUCCUGUUCCUGCUCAUUUUCUUCUACAUCUUUGCCGUCUCUGGCAUCUUCUUCUCUGAGGACUACACCCACUCGCGCUAUGCAGAUCAAAUCUACAAGGACUACUUCAGGCAGUCCUGGAGAGGCCUCAAGAGCCCAAGCGGUAUCUCUGUCAGGGGCUUCCACCACAACCUCAGCUGGGAUGCCCGGGGCCUGGGCUUCGCGGCUGGGGUGCUCCCUGCUCCGCCACCCCUCCCUGGCUGCCUCCAGCCUGUCCCCCGGGCAGCAGCUGCCGUGCCCCGGGGCCAGCCUACGCUCCUGCCUCCUGUUCUGGAGGCUGUGUGUAAUGACAGCGUCCCUGGGCUGCCAGGUGUCUCCAACUUCACCGUCUACCUCUACUGUAACCUCUUCAACAGCUCCCGGGGCUCCAGCCAGCACCCGGGGGACUUGGGUGCUGCCUGCUCCAGCGCAGACUGGUACCUCUCUGCGGGCGAGGGGGGCUCUGCAUGGGCCCGGGCCUGCCGGGAGCACUACCCUGCCCAGUUCAACAGUACCGUCUGCAGCAACACCUCCUUGAGGGAGACCCCCGGGCCCCAGCAGGUCCUGCUGGAGCAGCUCUGUGCUGACCUGGCCUGGGGCCUGGCGGGGGCCCAGCCCUCCAGCCGCAGCACCUGCCCACUGGGUGUGCGCUGGGAGGAUGCCUGGAGCUGCUUCCUGGGAAGCCGCAUGCUCUGGGGCGCCUGGCUCUGUGGCAGCAGAAGCCGUGAGUUGCUGCCCACUGAUCUCUGGGCCUGGCUCUCCCAGCUGUGUGGUGGUCCCCAGCCCCAGACACAGAUGCCCAGUGCCUCAGAGCCUGGGGGUGCAGACCCCUGCUCCUUCAGGGGCCGGAGCCUGCUGGAUGCUGCAGACCUCUGCCCGGACCCGGCCGCCUACCUGCUGGGGCUAGCCUCACAGCUCCCGCGAUGCCUGGAAGAGGUUCCAGGCUGGGCCCCCCAUGUGAACUACCUCCUGCGCCUGCUUGACCGCAGCCUGGCCCUCUCCAGACAAGAGGAGGCUGGGCAGGCGGCCGGGGAGCAGCUGAGCGAGGCCAUCCUCCUCUCCAGCCUCCUGGACAAUACCUCCUUCUGGGACUUGCUCAGGGCGAAUGCGUCCACAGACAUCCUGCGAGCCGUGGGCCAGUACCUGCGGUGGGAGCACAGGGCCUCGGCCAAGAGGGAGCUGCUGAGCUGCUUUAGUGCUGUGCUCUGGGACCUGCUCCAGGACAGCGAGGGUGCUCCCGCCUUGGAGAUCCUGGUGCAGGAAUAUCUGCAGAUGCCAGAGGAGAGCUUCCAGGGGCUGCUGCUCGCGGUGGGGCCUGAGGCUGUGCAGCACUUCCUGGCCCUGCUGCACCGCUCCUGGCACCGGCUGCGUGGGGAGGUGGUUAGAGGGGUUGGGACGGGGCAGGGUGUGCAGAACCCAUCUUUGCAGGUGCCGUCACCCCUGCCCGGGGAGGAGGCGAUGCAGUCGCUGGCCGUGCUGCUGCUUCGCAGGUUGCCCCAUCUCACCCCACAGCUGUUUGUCAGUCUGUCACAGUUCAUCCCCUUCAUGGCCGUGUCCGACAUUGCGAGGCUCCCGCCGUCCCUCCUGGCCAACAAGAGUGUCCUCGCUGCCCUGCGGACUCACAGUGCCCACCUGACGCAGGGGCAGAAGGCCGCCUUUGCUAGGCACCUGCUGCAGGCCCCCUUCCUCGGGGCUGUGCCUACAUGGCCCCUCGGCUUCCUCCGUGCUGUCCUGCCGCUGCUGCCCCACUUGCCGCUGCGCUGCUUCCUGCAGCUCACGCCCCAGCAGGUGGGAUGCGAGCCCCGGGCCCACGUGCAGGCUGCUCUGCCCAGCCAGCACGCCCUCACCCCGUGGCAGAUCUGGGGGCUGGGUGACGGCUGGCAGCCGCUGCGGCUGGGGCUGGUGCAGGGCCGCCACGUAGCAAGCAGCCUGGUGAACAGGAGCCGUGCGGCUGGCCCUGAGCUGGGGCGCAGGCUAGGGGCCCUUGCCUGCUUCCUGAGCCCCGAGGAGCUGCAGGACCUGGCAUGGCUGCAGGACCCCCGGGGGGCAGUAGAGAAGAGCCUGCUGGCAUGUGCGGCAGCAGGGACCCUACGGCAGCACGGGCGGGUCAUGCUCGCCCUGGCAGACUUGCUGCGCUCUACCAACCUGGCCAUGGUGAGCCCCAGGGAGCUGCCAGCAUGGAGGGGCGUCCUCCCUGAGAUGGGAGUGGGCUUUGUGGAGCGCCUGUCAGCUGCCCAGCUGAACACCCUCCUGCCCCAGCUGCGGCCGACACAGCUGACGCGUGCCCAGGUGACGGUGGGGGAAGCAGCCAGGCUGUGUCCCCUGCUGCCAGGCCUGGGACCCACGUCACUGGCUGCUGUCCUGGCCCCUCUCCAGGUCCAAGGCUGUGCAUGCCUAGGGCCAGCCCUACCCCUGCUCUCGGCGGCGCAGACGGCAUCCCUGCUGCAGGCUCUGCAGCCCCCAGACAGCUGGCUCCACUGCCUGCUGCCCCUGCUGCCCCUCCAGCUCCUGCGUCCCAGUGCCCAGGCUCUUGCCCUGGGUUCACUGGUGGUGGGCAUAAGCUGUGCUGCGCUGCAGGAGCUGGGCCGGGAGGAUUUCCUGGGGGCUGUCUGGACCCUCUACGCGCAGCCCCGCUCUCUGCCUGCCAGCCUGAGGCGUUGCGUGCAGGAGGAGGUGCUCAGGCGUCCUGCGCUCUCUGAGGAGGAGCUGGCAUGGCUGGGACCUCAGUUCCUCAUGGAGUUACCGGUGAGGAUGGUGGAGAUGCUGCCUGACACCAUGAUGCGGCUGGUGCUGGACCACGCGACGCGCCAGCCCCACAGCCUGCUGGCCCUGCCGGCCACCCGCCGGGCAGCCCUGGCCCGUGCGGCCCUGCGCUCCCUGCGGCUCCCGGCAGGGACAGAGCUGGCUGGGGAGGACCUGGACCGGCUGGGCCCGCUGGUGGGGUUCCUAGGCCGGGAGAGCGUGGCCCGUGUCCAGCCCGAGAGCCUGCUGCCACGGCCCCCCCCAGGCUGGCGCCUGCCCACCCUGCAGCAGCUGGGGCGCCUGGUCUUCCUGCUGCCCCUCGAGAGCCUGCGUGCCGUCCCCCGGGACUUGCUGAGCAGAGACACGGUGGAGCAGCUGCUGCAGAGCCAGCGGGACUGGGAGCAGAGUGAGCUGGGACGCCUCUGCCACCCCCCUGGCACCCUGGGUGAGGGCCCCAGCCCACAAGAAGUGCUGGUGGCCCCGCUGGUGGCAGCUGCCAGGCCAGGGGACCGAGCCCCCGUGCCCAGCUGUGCUGACAUGCGUGCCACCUUCCCCGCGGCGUGGAGCGCGGCCCAGCUGGCCGCCAUGGCCCCCCAGCAGUUGGAGGGCUGCCUGGGGCUGCUCAGCCGGGACCCAGUGCUGCGCCCCGACCAGCUCCGGGCUGCCCUGGGCCAGGCCCGGCGGCUGUGGGGCAGCACCCGGGCGCUGGAGCCAGCCCAGACCCCCCGCCUCGGCCGGCUGGCCACCCAGCUGGGCGAGCUGGAGCUGCGGGAGCUGCUGCUCCCUGACUGGGGGGCCCUCUCCGCCCUGGGGGAGCUGGACGGCUGGUUGCCUGAGCAGAUGCGGGCUGUGGUCUCCGCGUUCCUGCGGCAGCGUGGGGCGAGCGCCCGGGACCUGGGGCUGCCUGAGCUGGUGGCGCUGGGGCACCUGAUCUGCGGGCUGCCGGUGGCCGAGCUGCGGGGCCUGGACAGCUGGGAGCUCAGCAAAGCUGCCCCUUUCCUGGGCUCGCUGAGCCUGCGCUGCACGGAGCAGCAGGCAGAAGUGCUGGCCGCCUGCCUGACCUCCAGCGCUGCCUUUGGCCCGGCUGCCGCCUGGGGACCCGAAAUCUUCACAGAGGUUGGGACACUGGCAGCCGGGCUCCCUGACAUCGUCCUCUCUGCACUGGUCCCGGAGCAGAUCUGGGCGCUCACGCCCCGGGCCAUUGCUGCUGUCCCAGCACGCAAGUUCGCAGUGGUGUUUGGCCCAGCUCAGCUGCGCACCCUCUCCAGUGCCCAGGCCGCAGCUGUCACCCUGGGGCAGCGCCGGUGGCUCAGCAGCGCCCAGCACCAGGCCCUCGCCAGCGCCCAGUGCGAGGGAGAGGCUGCCCAGGAUGGCCAAGGCAGGAGCGGAGCCAGGCCCCAGUCUGACUUCACCUUGGCUCUCCUGCUCUGCCUGCCCUGCUGCUUUCUGUGA